AUGUUUGUUUCGAAUGGUGCUAAGGAUCAUCGUUGCUGUGCUCCAUAUAUCGUGUCGUUCAAUAUUUGUUCCAGGAAACGUUCACAGCCAAGCUCAGAGCUAUACUCAUUCCCGAAGUUAUACGAAGAGAUGAUUGUCACAGAAGAGAAAGCUUCUGUCGCUAGUUUGGUUGUUACCAGCAUCCAAAGUUACACUACGGAUAGCAUUAACAAGGUUUUGGCAUCACCUAUAGAUCGGAAGUCACGAGUACCAGACGCCUUCGUGUUCGACGUCUGUUUCCUCAAGUGA